AUGCCCAAACAAGCCGUGACUUUGAAGACGAAGCUGCAGAAUUACGUUAAACUUUUCGGAUGCGAAGUUUUCGUCACGGACGGCGUCGUCCUCACCUACAAGCUCUGUGAGAAGGCCGUGAAUACGGACAAAAAAUACUACGUCGCACAGCAUGUCAAUAGCUCCGGGCACAAGCAGCGCGCGGCUCGUGAGAAGACGUCAACUUCUGAGCAGGUUUCGUUACUGACUAACUACGUUGAGAGAUCGGACAGAGCCAACGAGUUCAGCGCGGAUCUGUGUCGCGCGUUCGUCGAAGCGAACAUCCCGUUGUACGAGGUGAUGCACCCGUCCAUGCGGAGCUUCUUGGAGAAAUACACGAAAAGAACUACGCCGCACCAUUCUACGCUGCGGAAGACGUAUUUGCCGAAACUGUACGACCAGACUGUCGCAAAGAUUAGGGAGUCGGUAGGCGAUUCGAACAUCUGGGUUUCGAUGGACGAGACUACCGACGUCAAAGGCCAGUUCGUUGUAAACACCAUCGUUGGUGUUCUGGACAGCUCUAAGGCUUCGACUGCUUUCCUGCUUGACUCACAAGUUGUUGAGAAGACUAACCACGCCACGAUUGCACAAGCAUUUUGCAGUGCGUUGAGCCUUCUGUGGCCAGAUAAAGUGAACCAUGAGAGAGUAUUGUUGUUCGUCUCAGAUGCUGCGAAGUACAUGAAGAAAGCCGCGGCCGGUUUGCAAAUUUUGUUCCCAAAAAUGAUCUACGUAACCUGUUUGGCACACGGUGUUCACAGAGUCUGCGAACAGAUCCGCGAGCAGUUCCCGAUGGUCGAUUCAUUCGUUGCGAACGCGAAAAAAGUUUUUUUGAAAUCUACCACGAGGAUACAAAAAUUCAGGGAACUUGCUCCUGGACUGGCGCUCCCACCGAGACCCAUUGUGACCCGGUGGGGGACGUGGUUGGAAGCUGCUUGCUAUUAUGCGGCGAACUUCGAGAAAAUCAAGGAGGUUAUCGGAAGUUUUCAUCCCGAGGAUGCUGUGUCGAUCGAAAAGUGUCGAAAACUGCUCGUCGAUUCCAACCUGAAGUCUCAACUAUUGUACAUAGCCACGCAUUUCAAGGGAAUUCCUAACGCCAUCAAGAAACUCGAAUGUACUACUCAACCUGUCGAAACAACGUUGUCAGUUUUGGGCGAGAUCGCGUCUAUGGUCAACGCGGCGCCGAUUCCCUCUUUGCUCAAGUUCUUGUAUUUCCUCAAGAGCGUUUCAGCUCGGCGCUUGAAUUCUUUCGAAGACACUUCCACUCGAUGCACGCCGUUGCCGAUCAACUCAUUCAGAUUUAUCUUCAUCUGCCUUAGCCACUGA